AAUCUUAUUCCUUCAAAAUUUGAUUUUUUUUCCUCUCUUUUAUUAAGUUUCAUUUGUGAUUUGUCACUCCUCCAUGUAUAUACAUGCCACUAAAUUUUGAGCAUUCUAUUAGGAAAACGGAAAUUAAGGGGUCUUCUCCCCUUUUUGUGGGUUGGAUCUUGUACUUAUGGAACUGCCACAUCUGACCAACUUGAUUCUCUUCUUCUGAUGAUCACCACCACCUGGUUAAAAAAGCAAGCAACUUCGGUGUGAUCUGAAUUUUGUCCCUUUCUCUUUCUCUCUCUCUCUAAGCUCUCUCUUCCUUAUUUCACCAUUUUUGGGAAGAUGAUCAUGGAAUGAAUGCUUGAUAUAUUUUGUCCUUGCAGUAUAGUUUGUUGGGUAUACUAAACAUCUGGUUUUUUCUUCUUUUUCUAUUUUUCUGAGUCAUAUUCACAUCACAUAUCACAUCAUCAAAAAUACAUGGAGGAGAGGAAGAAGUAUGUGUGCAAGUAUUGCAGCAAGAGCUUUCCUUGUGGGAAGUCUCUUGGGGGUCACAUCAGGACCCAUAUGAUGACUGAAGAAAGAAACAACAACAACAAUGUUAAUGUUGUUGUUGAUGGUGCUGAUGACAAGGACAACAUCAACAGGUUCAUCAAGUUGGGUGGUACUGUGAUGAGGAAUAAUAAUAACAAGAAGAGAGAUUUAUCAUGGUGUGAAGAUAGCAAUAACAAUCCCAUUUAUGGCCUCAGAGAGAACCCCAAGAAAACAAUGAGGUUUGUGCAUUCUUCUGGUGGUGCUGCCAAUGCCAACAACAAUGAACAACAACAACAGAAUAAAGAGGAUAAGAGAUUCUGCAAAGAAUGUGGGAAAGGUUUUCCAUCACUGAAGGCUCUCUGUGGCCACAUGGCUUGUCACUCAGAGAAAGAGAAGAGAACAACAGCAACAACAACCAUCAAGUUUGAAGAGAAAUUGGUUAGGGAUAGUCAUUCUGACACUGAGACUUCAACUCAUCCAAGGAGAUCCAAGAGAAUGAGGGUGAAGAAGACCAUUAAACUUUCCAAUCACAACAACCCUUUUUCUUUUUCUUCUUCUCCUUCUUCUUCUGGUGUUGUUCCUUUGGUCAAUAAUGGUUCUUCACCUGUGUCCGAGGUGGAGCAGGAGGAACAAGAAGAGGUGGCAAGGUGCUUGAUGCUGUUGUCUAGAGAUUCUGGCAGCUUCAACUUCAAGAGUGGUCGUUUUGCUUCUGUUACUGAAUUUUCUGAUAACAAUUCGGUUAUUCUAGAAGCAAAAUCAUCCUCUCCUGAUACCCUGAUUGGUGUCAUCAGCUAUGGUAAUAACAACAACAACAACAACUUUGUCUCUAAUAAUAAUCAUGCUUAUGAUCUUGUGGAGAAGAAGUUGCUUAAGGUUAAGAAUAUCAAGUUUAAGUCGGUUGAGUUUGGUGCUUCUGAUAAUUAUUCAGGUGCUAGAGUUUUCAGAUAUGGUCCAAAAACCAAAAUGGUAGACUCAGAUUUCUCAAAUGAUGAACUCAAGCGGUCAAAGUUGGGGGACAAGUCAAGCAAGUACACUGCAUCUGUAGUGAAGAAAUUGGUGAUGGAGGAUUUGGAUUAUGAUAGAACAUAUGGAGGAACUACAAGGAAGUUUGAUUCAAGAAAGAGGGGCAACUAUGAUUUAGUUGGUGUUUCUAGCAAGAAUGGAACAAAAGGGUGGAAGUAUGAGUGUUUUGAAGGUGAAAGGGACAAUAAUAGUUCUUAUGAAUACUCAAUAGAUGAUGAGAGUGAUGAAAACAGUUCAGAGACUGAAUCUUUUCCUGCUCCAGGGUCUCAUCGUAAGAGUAAGGCUCUCAAUGGAAAGAAGUGCACCACAAAUGCCAAGAAGAAGAAGUUGAAGCCUUCUAAGAAAAGCAAGGAUCAUGAGUGUCCAAUCUGCUACAAAAUUUUCAAGUCAGGCCAAGCCUUAGGGGGUCACAAAAGAUCACAUUUCAUUGGAGGUUCUGAAGAAAACACUGUUCUGAUCAAACAAGUUGUUCCUAAUUUCCUUAUUGAUCUCAAUCUACCUGCUCCUGUUGAUGAAUAGGGCAAUUGUUGGCAUCCUGGUUUUUUUUGCAUCAUUUUGAAGCAUUGAGGUACUACUUAGAAUGUUUUUGUCUUUAUCCCAUAUGAUAAAAGCAAUAUUUUUGCAUUGUACAGCCAUGUGGGUAAAAUGAUUUUUGUGCUUAACGCUUUAUUAUUACUAUGCUUUAUUUGGUAGGAGAUAGCUGUUUUCUUUCAUGUUUAAUGGCACAUGACAAUUUGGUAGUAUCUUCGGUUGACAUAAUUUUGACUAUUCCUAUAUAACCAAGAAUAUUCUCAGAAUUGCAUUCCUUUGCUGCUGCAAAAUAACAAUUUUCA